AUGACUUAUUCAAAUGGUAUUCAGGAGGAAUUACAGCUAUUGAAGGAUAUGUAUCCGGAGCUAAAAGUAGAUGAGGGAAGCAAAAAGUUCAUUACAUGCGAACUUCCAUUCGAAAUGUUUUUUUCCACUGACCUGACUGUUGUUUACGAAGAAAGUGGUUUAAAUUUUACCAAGUUAGCAGGUGAUUCUAUAUUUUUAAAGAUCGAUAUUGCGAAAUAUCCACAACUACAAGGUAGUAUAGAGUUAAAGUUCCACUCAAAAUGGAUGUCUGAAGUGGACAAAGCUAAGAUAUUGGAAUAUAUUUAUGAAGAAUUUGAUGAUAUGACAAGACCCUCUUCGCCAGUUUAUGAACCGUCUACACCGAUCUUGAUGCUCAUUUUUGGCUUCCUGAUUGAUGAGGUUUCUUUCAAACUUUUUCCUAAUUAUGAAAGAAAAUGCGCCACAAAAGAAGAAUUUGAAGCAUUCCAAGAAAUAUAUCAUAUAAUUCAAAAGGAUGAAAUGGCACAUAAAAACUUUGAUUGUUGCAUCUGUGUGGACGUAAAAAAAGGGGAUAAAAUGAUACAACUGCCGUGUGGUGAGCAUUUCUUAUGUUUGUAUUGUACAAAAACUUAUUAUACGCAAAUGAUCGAAGAAGGUAAUAUUGUUAAUGUGAGAUGUCCAGAAUGUACUUUUGAAGAGGUUAAUUUAGAAAAUGUAAAGAGUUAUUCUAAGCUUAAGGAGACUUUAUUAACGCCAAAGAUUCCAUUCGAAUUUUUUGAUGGCAUUCUUACACCAGAUAUCUGUGAAAGAUAUGAGAAAUUGUUCUAUGAACAAGCGGCUACAAAAAUUUCAAAACAUUCGCCACUUGCAUGUACAAAUUGUCCAAGCUGUAAGAGGCCUUGUAUAAAAGACGAUUUGGAUGAUUAUAUGAUCCAAUGUUCGAAAUGCAAAUUCACUUUCUGUUUUGAUUGUUUACAUUCAUGGCAUGGUUAUAAUAAUAGAUGUGGCAGGAAGACAACAAUACCAAGGGAAAUUCUUGAAGAAUGCUCUAACUUAGGACCAUCUGAUGAAGAACGUAGAAGAGAAUUACAAGCUAAAUACGGCAAACGAAUACUUGAAGCAGAGGUCAACGAAUACGUUGCUGAAAAAUUACUUGAUCUUGCUAUCGCUGAGAAGGGAUCCAAUUUACAAAGAUGUCCCAAAUGUAGGACUGUUAUUCAAAGAAGUGAAGGUUGUAAUAAAAUGAAAUGUACAAUUUGUGGGACAACAUUUUGUUAUAUUUGUACGCAAAUUUUGGAUCCCGACGAUCCAUAUGAACAUUUUAGAGAACUUAGUUCCCCCUGUUAUGGACUCUUAUUUCAGGGCAUGAUAUCGGAAGAUGACUGA